CGCCAAAGUCAGGUGUACUAGUAAAAGAGCGUCAGACACGAUCCAAGAUUUUAGAAAGAGAGUGAGCAGGGACUGUCAUGAAUUAACAACAUAAGGGAAAAAAAGAAGGAGAGAAAGUACAGGCUUGUGGACUUGAGGGAUCACCGAAAAUGACACGCACCUUACCACAGUUGCUCAGAGAAUACCUGGAUAAGCGCAAGAUUCACAAAAACCGCUUGGUGACCAAAGACGGCCACUGCAACAUUGCAUAUGGCGGUGUGAAACAAAGCCAAACUUUCAUCUACUUCCUAGAUUUCUGGACCACCUUAAUGGAAAUGCGCUGGCGUUUUGUCAUCUUUCUCUUCGGAGCCUCCUUUGUAUUUGGCUGGUUCAUCUUCGGACUACUCUGGUAUUGGGCUGCUUUUGCUAACGGUGACCUAACCUGGCAAAACCCACCUGCUGGCCAUAAACCUUGUGUAGAAAAUCUUUUUGAUAUGAAAGGUGCCUUCCUCCAAUCCAUAGAGACUCAGAUGUCCAUUGGUUAUGGUUAUCGACUAAUCACUCCAUUUUGCCCUAGUGCUCUCACCAUUUUCACAGUUCAGUGUGUCUUCGGGACAGUGAUUAUCUGCUUUUGGUGUGGUGUGAUUAUGACUAAAGUUGCCCGGGGCAAAAAAAGAGCCAGAACCAUCCGUUUUAGCAAGAUGGCUGUCAUCUCUUCUAAAAAGGGCAGUCUCUGUUUACAAAUACGAGUGGCCAAUAUGCGCAAAUCUCUGAUGGUUGGGAGUCAGAUCUAUGGCAAACUUCUUAAAACAACUGUCACUCCUGAAGGUGAGACCAUCAUAAUGGACCAGAUCAAGAUAGAUUUCAUUGUAGACGCUGGAAAGGACAACCUUUUCUUUGUCUGUCCUUUGACUCUGUACCACAUCAUUGAUGAAUCAAGCCCAUUUUUUCAAAUGACAGUAGACACCCUUCACCAGCAGGAGUUUGAGUUAGUGGUGUUUCUCGAUGGCACUGACGAGUCCACCAGCUCCUCCUGCCAGGUCAGAACAUCCUACCUUCCUAAAGAGAUCAUGUGGGGCUAUGAGUUCCUCCCCAUGAUCUCACGCAGCAAAGAGGGAAAGUAUGUUAUAGAUUUCUCCAACUUCACCAGAGUGCUUCCUGUAGAUACAGCACCUUGUGCCAGUCAAAUGGCCAAAUCCCCAGAUGACUUUCCUCAUUAUGAUACUCCCACUGAUGGUGACAGGUUUCAAGACAAGGAAGUUAAAGGCCAGUCCUCUGCUACCUAUUUGUGAUGCAUGUGAGUGUUGUUUAAACAUUUGCACUGUUCAUUCCCAAAAUAUUAUGCAUUUAUGUCCUAUUGCACUGCAAUUCAGAGACAUAACUGGGUACUUUCUGGCAGUUCCAAAUGGGCAUGAAUAUUGCAUUUAUAAGACAUUUAAAAUUGUCUUUAUGAAGAAUAAUGUUUGCAGUGUAGCAGGUACCUUUGCCACCUCAUAGAUCCAGGGUCCCUGCUUUACAUCUGAAGGAGUGUGUGAAUGUGUGUGUGUGCCCACAAUGCACUGAUGUCACAUCCAGUGGGUAUUCCUGCCUCACAUCUAGUGUUCCCAGGAUUGGCUCAAGAUAAAAUGAAUGAAUGAAUGAAUGAAUGGAAUAGGCUUAUUUCUGUAAAAUCUGUAACUGUCUGUAAACACAUUGCAUCAAUAUCAUGUAUAUCCACAGUCUAAAAGAUUAAAGCUCGAGCACUGACUUCAAAUAAUAUAAAUGAAGUUAUAAAUUAUAAAUAUUAGAGAAGUUUAUUCAGCAGAUGUACUAAGACUUGUCGGCGCUUAUGAAACUGUUGGUGUUUAUUUUCUCAGAUGAUCAUCACAUGGUUUAUAUAAUGUUUUAUUGUUAGCAAUUGUUAAAGAUGAGCUACUAAAAUAAUCAGUUAGAUGAAAAUCUGUAGACACUGCAUGAGUUUGAGGGUUACAAGGCAUUUAAACUGUAUUUUUUCCAUUUAUUUAAUUUAAUUUAAUGAAAAAAUAUAUUUUAUUUUAUUUUAUUUUGAUAGUUUUAAUAAGUUGUAUGCAUCUAAUAAACUAGUUUUUGCACACUGUCUGUAGUUUAUUUGUAAUAAUACUGAAUAGUUUUUAAUAAUAGUGUAAUAAUAGUGAAUACUGAACAGUGGAUACCUGGAAUAAAUAGUAGAUCUUAAGGCUAUUUUUCUGCU